AUGAUCAGACCGAUAGCUCGAAGGUUUUCAGUCCUCCUCCUCAUUCUUACCAUAUUAUCUGAAUAUCCCUUUUUAUUGAACUUUUAUUAGGUCCUUAAUCGUGAGUAGUAGUUCUAUUGUAUGUUUUAUACUGUCAAGCUUCAAAUGUUGAUCAGAUCUCAAAAGAUCACGAUAAUUGUCAAGCUUCAAAUGUUGAUCAGAUCUCAAAAGCUUCAAAUGUUGAUCAGAUCUCAAAAGAUCACGAUAAUUCCUUUCCCAAUUAUUUUGAAUUAUUUUCUUCCAAUUGAUGGGUGCCUUUGUAAAAUUGAAUCAGUCAGGUUUGAACGGAAAUAUUUCCUCAGAACGGUAAAUACUCUUAUCUGAACCGGGUGGAAAGAUUUCUUAACUUCUUGAUCAUUUCAAUAGUCCCUACAGUUUCAGGACGUGGCCAAGGUGAAAGACCUGGGAGUCUCUCUCCACGACUUCACCGCCUACUAUCCGAGUUCCCUGGACACUGUUUCGGCGUCGCUUCGACCGCUCGCCGACUCUUCCGGUGCAGGUAUAAAUUUCUGAUGCUAAUCAUAUUCUCGUCUUCAAGCUUCUCAUUUCAACCAAAUAUCUCUCCUCAGUCUUCAAAAUAGUGGAUAUAAUAAUGAAUCAGCUGAAUUGAAGCGGUUCAGCAGUGAAUUUUUGACUCAUUUUAGCAAUGAUGAAUCUUUUCUGAUGACUUUUCUGUUCAUGACUUUUGGAUGCAUGAACGAAAAAGUGGAGAACAGUUACGAAGUUUUAGAUCUUCCACCAAAUUAAAUCGGUUCAAAAAGCUUGGCACUUUAACAGACCAGAAGCAAUCGAAUCUGGAAUCUCAGCCUUUCAAGGCCAUCUUUUUUGAAAUCGAUGCGAAAAUUUGUUAUUAUUUCUGAGAGAUCAAUCUACCUCGACCCCGAAAAUCUAGGAAGGCUUCUUCGAGAUAUUCAUUCUUCGAAAUGAAGACGAACUAAGCAAGAAAGUCGAAAAGCGUACCUGGUGACACCGGAAGACAUGCUGUCGAAGCCAUGGCUCCUCCAGAAACCAGCCGCCGUCGAGGAAAAUUUCCAACCGAAAUGUGGCUUCAGAGCGGCAGGCGACGACGGCAAAAUUGCAUCACGGAAUAUAUCUGAUUUGUCAUAUUCGAUUCCCAAACUCAAUACUCGGCGUGGAGGCACUUCGGAAUAAAAUCAUCGUGUCCGUCGUCGCUUCUGCAGCACCGCCGAUGAUCAUAUUUUGCAAGAAUUCCACUCGGCUGCCACUUACGGUCGACAUGAAAAAGCCCCCGCUGAGGCUUCGAGUGCCGCGUCUCCAUGUCAUCCCAAUAUGUCGUUUUUUGUCUUCUGUAAUAAGCGUAUCGUGUUAGGUAGACCGACACUUGAUCUCUUGAGGAUGUGUGUGACGCCAUUUGAAGUGCUUCUCAUUAAAAAUCAUCCUGUAAAUCAUUCGAGCCCAGUUCGAUCAAGCUUUAAUUUUGUAGAGAAAGUCCUUCAUAGCCUGUGGUUUGAGAGAUCUUCAACUAACUUCAAUGUUAAAGAUCAAUUUGGAUGUACAGCUGUCUCAGAAAAGUUUCUCUAUUUAUGAGUUUAUUUUUCCUUCAUAAACGAGAUCGCUCAAAAUUUCUGUUUGCGGAAAAUUCAAUCCAGCUCUCCCAAUCUUUAUUUACUGUUCAAGUUUACAGUAAAUUCCAAAAAAAAACCACGAAGAAAAAGUUUCAUCUAUGAUUGAUCAGUAGUAUAAGUUGAUAAAUUGCUUCUGAGAAUUCAUAAAAAUCUUUUGAUUUAAUGGCUAAAAAAAUUCGAUUUUUCAUUUUACUUUGAUUCAAUUUUUUUAAUUUUUUUCUCGUCAAAUUUAGAUUUUGACUUGAAAAAUUUCGAAAACCCUUUCUUCCAAAUUGACUUAAUUUCAUUGCUUUCUGCCUCAAAUUCAUGUUUUCCACUGUCCUCACCUGUUCAUUGAUGAAAUAGUCUCGAGAAACAUUGAGGGCAGUUUUCAAUUGCAAUUUGUUGUCAUAAUCGGUGGAGAGCCUCCUGGCGACGUCCCCAAAUGCGCUAAUCCCUCUUAGAGGCUCGCAUCUGCCACCAGUUGAAAACCUCUUUCACUCACUUCUUCUCGACACUUUCAACAGAGAACAGUUCAAUCGGUUGAGCUUGCAGAUGGCGCCUUCAAGAAGAUCAAGGCGGAAAGCGUCGGCGUCUUCGGUUCCUCGCUCGCCGGAAUCGCCUCCACUCCGGCCAGGUGCUUAUUCAAGGGGAAAACUCGAAGUUUUGUAGUCUGACGCAUGAAAUGUUCAAGGGCUGGAAGGGCGUAGAAAAAGAAACUGAUAACACUUCAUCCAUAGAGACUUUCGUUGUUCGAAAAAUUCUGAUUCCGUAAACGACGUCCAUUUGGCAAGUUCCCAACUCUCACUAUUCAAAAUUAUCAGAUUCACGAUUAUAACGAACAAAUCCUGAGCAUACGUGGGCAAGUAAAGAACCCCUAAUAGUCCUGGAGGGGAAACUGAUUUGAAAGCAUUUCAAAAAACAUGCAAUAAAAAUUUUAUUCGACCUCGUUGAGGUAAUUUUGUAAGAGAAAUAAAGAUAAUUUUUAACCUCAAGACGUACUACUCAAUUUAACUUAUGAAUACUCGAGAGGAGGUAUUGGUGGCCUUUAAACAUAGUCUGCCCAUGUAUGAUUCUGAGAUUGCUAUCGGAAUUUUAGAAAAAUAAACAGGAUCACCAUUGAAAAUGAUCCAUUUCAUGUGUUCUUGUAAAAUCCUCACUUUCAAAGUUGUUGCGAAAUAAUGACCGUAUCAGAAGACGUCACCGCACGACCUUCACCCAGGAACAACUGGCAGAGCUCGACGCCGCCUUCCAGAAGAGCCACUAUCCAGACAUCUACGUCAGAGAGGAGCUCGCCCGGAUAACGAAACUCAACGAGGCUCGGAUCCAGGUAGGCCAUCCCACUUUUGGUCGACUGCAGGUGUAGCUUACAUCGGUUGCGCAAAUGAUAUGUUAGCGUUGAUCCGUUUUCCGGUCAGUCUUAAUCUUGAUCGCUCCACCGCACAAUCUUGAGUCAACCCGUCUAAUUGACACUUACGGGAGCCACUCGGCGCCAAUUUGUCGCUUCCUUCCUUCCGGAACGAUUGUUCCCCUCGUUUUCUUUCUCAUUAUCAGGAAAUUGAAGUACGUAGUGGUAUCUUGAAAGUCUCAAGGCUCUUUAAAACUUUCUCAAUAAAAAUCAGAGAUUCGGUAUCUUGAUGAUCUUUUGCCUCUGGCCGAGAAAAUUUCAAAAAUUUUUUCAAUCUGUUCUUGGUUGAUUUUCUAAAUUCUUUUUAGACUAAUAGAUAUAUUAAAUGUGACGAUCUAUUAACAAACUCAUGUCAAAUCAAACUUGUAAGUCAUCCUAAUUAUUGAUUUUCUUUUAUUUCCUUAAUCAUUAUCAAACUUAGAAACCUGAGAGCUUGAACUAAAUCUAGCCGAAUGAGUUUCUCAGCAAGCUUGAAUUUUCUCACUAGCUCAAUUUUGAAAGGCGAACGUAAAGUUAAUGUUUUUAGAAAGUGUCCAAUUUUCAAUUUCGUGGUUCAGUUUAGUAACAACUCAAGUCAAAAAAAUACAGAAAAUAACCGCAAAGUAUUUGAGUAGAGGAAAUCUCUCAUGUUCCUCAGCCUUUCUCAUGUCAAUCGGAGCAACAACAACUCGAGUGACUUUUGUGUGGAGAUUAGCUCCUUGGCGAGCACUUGGGGACAAUGGCUGACGGUGAAGAAGGCGGACAGAAGUUGGGGCCGAGUGACAGCUGCGGAGUUGGUCGAGUCAGCCGCGACGACGACGACCGCCACACUCCCGGGUCAGCGCCAUGUGCGCUAAUUUCUGUUUACUAUUCCAUGGAGCGUUAAUUGGCGUGUUCAUACGCAUCAUCAUGCGAGAAAAAUGCGCGAACAAAUGCGUCAGUUGGUACUGUCUUCGCUGCGACAGCCGGUUGCGGAGUUGUCUCUGAGAAGGAGGGGAAUUCCCGAAUUUUCGAAAAAAAGACAAUUUUUAUCAGUGUGAUUUUCUGAAGUUAAAAACUGAAAAUACUUUUCUGGAAGAUAUAAUGGCCUUGAAAGUUUUUUUGUAAGCCCUAUCACCUUUUGUUUGAUUUUUUUUCUCCACUUUUUUUAAAUUAAAAAAAUGAUGAUUAAAUUUAUCCAAUCAGAAAUUUUCCAUAAGAUGGAAUAAGCUUGAAAAUUUUUUUAAAAAAAUUCAAAAAAAUUCAGGUACUUAGAACUCAUGAACCAUCCAUUGUUAAGCUUCUCCUUACGGUUCUGAGAGUCUUCUUUGAAUUGCGCUAGACUCAGUAAUUUAUUUUCCUAAGAGAUGUGAAUAAAGUUGAAACUGUAGUAGCAUAAUAACCAAAAAAAUUUUUCUGUUUUUUGUUGCUUUAAUAAAGAAUAAAUUCUCAUCAUUGAUAAGGAAAUCAGGUGUUCGAGCAUUCGCUUCAACAUUCCCAGAAAGGGAAGUAAGAAUUCCGUAAGAAAAAAAGAGUGAGCUUUAUUUUUUUUUUUUCGUCACCGUGGUGCUCAAAGCCGCAUUGUCGUGAUUAUGCGUGGCCGGAAAGGCGCGAGCUACCGUAUGCCUCAGCGGCUCCUUCUUCACUCAUUCCGAGCCUAACCGCCAAAUUCGAUUACGCUCUAUCGGCUCAUUUCGAGCGCAGUUCUGCCCCGGAGCGCGUAUGCUUCUAAGUAGCACACACACGCAUGUCUACCGUAAUCCAAUUUGCUCUGGAGCACGGCGAUCGUCUCUCGGCUGAGGUGCCGCCGAAUUAAAGACUGAUUGCCCAGGUGUGAAUGUUAACCAGAUCAAGAUAGUCUUGUCUGGAGUUUUCGCAUGGAGGAGAUCAUGUAUUCCAUCUUCAAAGCUUAUUUCUUGACUUCUUUUUCCAUCGAGACAACCGAAAAAAGAAGAUGAAAUUUUGUUGGAAUCCAAUCUGUACUCUAAAGGUUAAAAAAAACUUCAUAGAGAUUCGAAACUUCAAUUUUUCCAAUCUCUCAUAGUUUCCGUUGAGUCCUGGAAUGAACCACAAAUAAUGAAAAUUCUCCUAAAAUUGAAAAGUAUGGUCAUAUUUUCAGGGCUAAUUGUGUAAUAUUCAAAUAUUUUACUAGCUUCUGCGGGUUGGGGUACUAUCUUUGAAUCAUACUCUGCUCGAAACGAUCUGAUUUUCUAAUCUAAUCACAUCGCAGGCUCUGAAAACUACACGGCAAUUUCAUCGUGCCAGCUUUGAAAAAAAAAGUUUUUGAACCUGUCGCUAUAAUAACUAUUUUGAGAGCGUAUAACUGAUUCCAUAACGAGAUGCCGUCAUAUGAAAACGGCGCUAACUGCAUUUGGCUCACCCUGAUUGAAUUCGCUGUUACUCGGAACUGAUUUAGCCGUUUGCAGGUGUGGUUCCAAAACAGACGCGCCAAGCACCGGAAACAGGAGAAGCAGUUGAACAAGGUAAAUCGGAACGGGAGAUGAAGUGGCAACUUGGGGGAUUUUAGACGAUCAACCCGCAGCACGCUUUCCUUACAAAUCAGGCCGCCGGGAACCUCAUGCGCCAAGGGAUGUACUCCUCAGCUUUGAAUCGCGAUGGAACCGGCUUCUGGUAUGUUGAGAUACUUUUAAUCUGAAAUAAAAAGGAAUUAUUUACUUUGGAAAUUAGUUCCACCAAAAAUAAUAAUCCAAAGUUAAAAAAUUCGAAAAGCUUAAUGAAAUUAAAAUAUAUUUUUAAAAGUGUCAGUUCAGGCUUUCAGUAAUAAUAAAACUAUCGACCGCUAUAAGUAAUUUUCGGACGAUUUUCUGGGAAUUUAAAAGUUCGAAAAUAUCCUAUAGAAGGUCAACUUAAGGACACCUUUAAAAAAAAAACUGAGACGUGCUUUUUACUACCUAAAAAACCCAGAAAAUUUUAAAGACUCUACAGAAGGAACGUACUGUAUUCAGAUUGAGGUUUUCUGAGAGUUUCACCAUGAACAACUUUUGAAAAAGGAUAAAAAUGUUUUUCAUUAUAGUUUUACAAAAAAACAGGCUUAUUUGCGUAGGUGUUUAAAAAAAUUAAACAUUCACUAAAGACCUUUUCUCAUGUUUUUUUGAAAUAUUUAGGUAUGAAAGUUUCUUAAGAUAUUAAAAAAACUGGUUUUCAGGUAUCCAUCAUACCCGCGACAAAUGCCGUACCCAACGACGAGUCCUUCAUACUCAAAUUCUUUCACGAAUCCCAUCGCCAAGUGAGUCAAACUAUUUUCUGAACUUUUUGAAAUUUCCGUUAUUUUAUUUUUAUAAUUUGUCAGCUACCGCCUGGUAUAUCAUAGAUUAAUGUUUGAGGUCGACUUUUGGAGACCAAAUAAAACCUGUUUUAAGUUCGUUAUGUCUAUAAAAAGUUUAUUUCGAACUAUUUUUUUAUUUUUUUCGUCAUGUAAAGUUUUUUUUCUUUAAAGAAUAAAAAAAUCAAGUUCAAAUGUUCAACCUGUUUUUUUCCGAGAAUUUUUCGCAAGUUGAGAUGUUCGGGACUAUAAAAACAUCACAGCAAGUUUCUCAGCAAGAUAAAAUACAAGCCACCGGGUAAAAGGUUCAGUUAAAAGUUAGUGAACGUGUAACCUUUUAAAAGCCUUUUCUGACGUUAAGCUGCAGUUUCAGCUUCGGACAGUCGAUAGCGCCGUUCGCGACGGACGACGAAUUCUACCAGAAGAGUCUGGCGCUGCGAAUGACGGCCCCAGCCACCGCCGCCAACCUCGCCAAUCUCAACUACCAGCACCAGACGAACGUCGGCGGCGGCGGCGGAACCAACACUUCUACGAUUUAG